UCCAGCUCGGGCUGCCACGGCAACCGCGUCCAGGCAACGCGCCCGGAAGAGGCUCUGGGAGGCGCGCGGCGGCUCGCGCCCUUCCAGGGUGGGGGAGCCGCGAACCCCGGGCCGGGCCGCGCGCGCGCUGAUUGGAGCGCGGGCCCGCAGCCGGGUUCGCCCCGCAAAGCCCCGCGCUCGCGGCCACCGCACCCAGAGCGCCGGCGACGACAUGGGCAGCCUCGGCGCGCCAGAUCCGCGCGCGGAUGUGAAUUAUUAAGAAGAAAAUGGCCCAAGAGGAUACCGUACUUCCUUCUCUUGUCAACCAGGAAGGGUAUACUAUCUGGAAAAUAUGCAUCUAAGGCGAGUGAAGACCAUGCCCCGACACAGCCAGUCCUUGACCAUGGCGCCCUACUCUUCUGUGAGUCUGGUGGAGCAGCUGGAAGACAGGAUCCUCUGUCAUGAGAAAACCACAGCAGCACUGGUGGAGCAUGCCUUCCGCAUCAAAGAUGACAUCGUCAGCAGCUUGCAGAAGAUGCAGAAUAAAGGGGGAGGUGACCGUUUAGCCAGGCUGUUCUUGGAAGAGCAUAUCAGAAACAUGACCGCCAUUGUGAAGCAACUGAAUCGGGAUAUUGAGGUUCUCCAGGAGCAGAUCCGUGCCAGGGACAACAUCAGCUAUGGAACUAAUUCUGCCUUAAAGACGUUGGAGAUGCGCCAGCUCUCUGGCUUGGGGGAUCUCCGAGGAAGAGUUGCAAGGUGCGACGCCAGCAUAGCCAGGCUCUCCGCAGAGCAUAAGACAACCUACGAGGGACUCCAGCACUUGAACAAGGAACAGCAAGCAGCCAAACUGAUCCUGGAAACAAAAAUCAAAGACGCAGAAGGACAGAUUUCUCAGCUUUUGAGCAGAGUAGACUUGUCCAUCUCAGAGCAGAGCACCAAGCUGAAGAUGUCCCACAGAGACAGUAACCACCAGCUCCAGCUCCUGGACACUAAAUUUAAAGGCACCAUCGAGGAGCUCAGCAACCAGAUUUUGUCUGCGCGGAGUUGGCUGCAACAAGAGCAGGAACGGAUAGAGAAAGAACUUCUGCAGAGAAUCGACCAUCUCUCCUUGAUUGUUAAGGAGAACAGUGGAGCCAGUGAAAGGGACGUAGAGAAGAAACUCAGCCAGAUGUCGGCCAGGCUUGACAAAAUCGAAGAGAGUCAGAAGAGGAACGUGGAAGGACAGAGAAAGCCGGACGAGGAGAAGGUGCAUGGGAGGAUCAGCAAACUGGAGCUGCAGAUGACGGAGGACAUGAAGGAGAUGAAAGCGGAGGUUAACGCUGGGUUCUCAGCUAUCUACGAGAGCAUAGGGUCCCUCAGACAAGUGCUGGAGGCCAAGAUGAAGCUGGACAGGGACCAACUACAGAAGCAGAUCCAGCAGAUGCAGAAACCAGAAACUUCCAUGUGAAGACGGCUGGGACCAGGACCUGACAGGAGACUGCGCGUGGGGCUAAGAGCCACAUCAUGGCUGUGCUCUGGAUGCCAUUCAGGGUGUGCAUGUGCCAAGAAAUGCGCUCUCGUGGGUCUAAGUGUUUACCUUCAGUCUUGAAAACACCCUAUACUUAAAAUCGUAAAUACAAGUUUUACAACGUUAUUUCCCUAAGUGCAGUUGAGCCCCAUCCCCCUCAGAUUUUGAAAGGCUUUUAUGAAUGAAAAUAAUUUAUUUUCAAUGCUUGAUGCUCUAGCCAAGACUACUAUUUUGGAAAAAAACAAAAAACAAAAAACUCACCAUGGUGAUUUUUCUUUUGAUUAAGAAGUGAAUGAGUUGCUGUAGGUAUGUAUCAUGUAUUGCCCCAAACCCUACAUUAAGAGAACAUCCUGGUAGAUUAGAGUUCAGUUUUAAGUCCACAUCUGGAUUGUAUUAUUGUUGUCUAUAUGGUUUUUUUAAAUGUUGGGUUAUUAUUUUUUUUUUUUGUAAAUCACCUGUCUUUUGUAGAGAAGAAGUUUAACACUGGGAGAAAAAAAAAGCCCUGCCAUUUAUAUAAUGAAAAUAGUUUUUUAAAAUUGAUAAUUGCCAUACAGAUUACAAAUUAAGUGAAAACCUACGUUUCUCUAGAUUCCCACAAGGCACAAUAUUUAUAUCUACCUAAAGGUACCGGCUUUUACUAUUUAAAGCUAUUUUUGAAACCACUCACAGCCUAUGUAGUGAUAGCCAUAUAUUUAAUAAUGGGAUGGUGACUAAGCAAGCUGUUUAUCGAACGGCUAAUUGUUCAUCAAUUGUAAUGAAUGUGAGGAUUUUUCUGACUUUACGAUUUACCUAAAUGUUCCCUAAAUCAGCACUAAGUGCUAGGGUUUAUAGACAUUUGUUGUAACUGUCUAUCUGUGCCUUGGUUUCUCUCACGUCGCUGUACUGUCCUCUGUAAAAAAAGAAAUUACCAACAAAAUAGACAGUGUGGUAAACACAUCAGGGUUGUGAUGUAAAACUGGGAUCCUAUGUAUUUUUUAAGCAUCCUAACGAUUUCAUCGCUGUCAUGGUGGGCCGCAUUCAGCGUCCUUCAUGGAAUAGCAGCACACACCUUUGUAUGGACAGAGAGUCGAAGCGAGACUACAUUUGUAAUACUGCGAGGAGACGGGUGUCCCGGCACCUUUGCAGGUGGUUUAUUUUCAGUCGCCAUGUUUGAGUCAUUGAACACUUGAGCCCGUGCCAUUUGCACUUCCGUGUUAAAGUGAGGGUACCCUGAGAAAGAGAGAGAGAGAGAGAGAGAGAGAGAGAGAGAGAGAGAGAGAGAGAGAAAGAAAGAGAA